AUGAGAGUUCCAGUAUACGUCACUGUCCUUCUAUGGAUUGUCUUGCUUCAUCGCACAGUUGAAGGAGGAAAGAUGAGUAAAAAAAGAUCCAGACAACAAAGACAAGGACGAAGCUUCGUUUCGGACACCAAUAGCCCUAGCUUCGCUCCGAUAUACCAUGCUGCCACCUUGGCUCCCGUCAUGCAUACGGCUACAAAGGAUCCGAGCGACAUGCAAACCAACAACAAAGCCGAAGAUAACUAUGAAUUCUCGACCGCUCCGGCGUCCCUUCCAACAUCAAAUGCACAAACAGCAGGUCCUACCACUUUCGAUGGCGCCAAUCUGGAAGGCCCAACCAGCACUCCGAUCGUCGCUGUUAGCCCUACAGCAACACCGACGGGGACAUCAACGAGUGCCAGCACCACAGCACCCACCACGACAUCUACCACCACAGCACCCACCACGGCAUCCACCACAGCGGCAACCGCAGCUGCAACCACAUUGACCACGACGAUCAGCCCAACUAUUAGUACAACAGAAGUCUCAACUUCUAGUCCAACAGCUGGUCAAAAUUUGGUUUUGCCAGUGUUUACGGCCUCACCGACCUUGAACGCACAAACCGACGCUCCCCAUUGCACUCCAGGAACCCCGAUCAGCAAUGCUGAAACGAAAGCUCCAGUAUCAGCUGCUCCUUCUACUGCUACUCCAUUAGUUUUUCCAACAAUGAUGCUUGUUCCAACGUCGACUCCAAGCAUGGCCGAAACAAUUGCCGAAACAACGGUACAAACCACGAAUGUUCCAACUACUGCAGGGAACACAACACCUCCGCCGACAUUCGUUUCUCCUAUGAUUCCUGUCCCAGGGGCUCCUUCGACAUCAGAGGUAACAACCGCUCCCACUUCCGUUCCACUUACAGAUGCUCCAACAGCAGUCGACGCGCUGGGCACGCCUCCACCGACAUUCGUUUCUCCUAUGAUUCCUGUCCCAGGGGCUCCUUCGACAUCAGAGGUAACAACCGCUCCCACUUCCGUCCCCUCUGGACCUUCACUUACAGAUGCUCCAACAGCAGUCGACGCGCUAGGCACACCUCCACCGACUCUUGUCGCAACCAUCGCACCGUCUUCCGGUACGAUCGGAGGUUCGACGGGGAUCUCUCCUUCCCCGCUGUCAGUUUUGCCCGCUCAGACUUCCCAACCCGUCGAUGACAACAGUACUGUACCAGGUGCACCAGCUGAUAAUAUUACAUGGCCCAUCGGCAAUGGUACUACUGCAGUCGACAAGUCUCCGCAGUCUUGUUCUUCUAACGAUGGGGCAUUCUUUCUCCUUGGUGACAUCGAGAUCGCCGGAAAUGAAACAAGCAAUGAAACGAUCCGAGUCUCCUCGGUUGUGGACAUGUUGUAUUUUUUGUACGAACUGGAGUCCAGGGUGGAUGCUCAGACCGUCCUACCUUCUCUUGAGGUCGCCUUUGUGGAUUCGCUUCUAGCAGAUUUGUUUCCCUUUGCUUGUCAACCUACUUCAGUCAACCGAUUCUUGGAAACUCCAAACAAUGGCAUUAUCGGUAUCAGUAGCAAGCCAACCGACGAGAUUACCGAUGCUGAAUGUCAGGUAGAACCAAGCACGAAGAACAGCUGUGUAGUCGUUGAGGGGCAAAUUUCAAUCUACUCGACAGAUGGAUUAUCUGAUGAAGAACUGGAUGCAAUUAGAGAAGCCCUGUAUGAUACCAUGAGCGCAGGGACUUUUGCGGAUUCAAGCCUUGGAAUCGUCAGUGUCUUAGCGGCUACAGGCGAAAUCGUCGACGAGACAAUUACAGACGAGACAGAUGGUAUCAACGAAAGCGAAGAAAACGAAAUUGUUCAACCUUCGGGUGGUGAUCGCAAUGCAAUGUUGGGCAUCGGUUUUGGUCUCUCGGCCGCAGCUGUCGUCCUCAUUGGAAUUGGCGCUUCCGUCUACAAACGAAAGCAGUCAGCUGGACAGGACACAUCUACGCUGCACGAUGCAACCAUGAAUGGUCUUAGUCGAUUCGACAACGACCAAUCAACUGCGGAUGACACUAAAAGUGCUCGUGACGUCGAGAUCAUGCCGCUUUCCCCAGCAGCAAGGACUUCAGCAAAACGGUAUAGCACCGGCAGCCAGAGCAGUGCCCUUCUGCAGCGAUGA